AUGGGGAGGGAUACUAUCAAUGUGAUUAGUGCGUGUGCACCUCAAGUAGGAGCAGAAGACCAUCUUAAGGAGAAAUUUUGGACGGACAUGGAGGGUUUGAUUCAAAGCAUACUAACCAUGGAAAAGAUUUUUAUUGGCGGUGAUUUUAAUGGACAUGUUGCUAAAGACGCGAGACAAUAUGCUGGGGCUCAUUGUGGUAUAGGUUUUGGAGUGCGUAAUAAUGAAAGGCAAGCUAUUAUUGAUUUCUCCCUCACGUACAACCUCAAGAUUGUUAACACUUGUUUUAAGAAGCGGGAUGAACAUUUAAUCAUUUACAAGAGUGGAACCCAUAGGUCGCAGAUCGAUUUCUUUUUGGUAAGGAAUCCUAAUAGAAAACUCUGCACAAAAUGUAAAGUGAUUCUUGCAGAUGGUGUGACAGCACAACAUAGAGUACUGGUCCUUGAUGUGCUUAUUAAGCGUAUAAAACAAAAGCGCCAACAACUGUUAAUCCCAAGGGUUAAAUGGUGGCGUUAA